AUGAGAACGGUGCGACAGAGAUGGGCGACGGGGUGGGGCCGCGCGCUGCACACCAGCGGGUCAGCCCCGGCGGGCAGCAGCGCAGAGAGCGCGCUGCUGCCGGAGAUGGGCCAGCUGGACCCCAAGGUGGCGGCAGCACCCAGACGGAAGUACCUCUCAGCCAAAUACCGGGUUGUGGGCAAGCUUUUCCAGCAGGCGGAGAACGGCGGCUAUCUGGCUUACCGCAAGCCUGCGGCGCUCGAGAACCCGUACCUGGAUGUGCAGGCGCGGCCGCGAGUGGACGGGGCCACGGGCCAGAUCGUCUACCAGGGCACGCCCCGGCUCUCGGUGACACGACUGCUCACGAAGCAGUGGUGCGAGCUGCGCACGGCCUACGACCUGUACUCGAAUAUGCCGCUGUUCGAGAGCAAGGCGAUGCGCAUCGGCAAGCGCGCGCAUCGCAAGCUUGAGAACAAGCUGCACGGUGCGUCGGACGCGGCCGCGACACAGGCGCUGGAGCGGCUGCAGCUGGCGGUGCCCGUCGACCCGCUGCACCGGCUGGCAGCAGACUGGGCGGGCGCGAUCGACAGGAUGUGCACGCUGUUCCAGAAGGGCGAGGCGCGGGAGCUGCUGUGCCACGGCUAUAUCAGCGCAGACCACGGCGCCUUCGUCGAGGGGCCUGUGCGCGAGGACAGUGACGUGCUCGUCAGUGGGGUCAUCGACCACCUAGUGCUGACGCAGCGCGGGGGGGGCAGCCCUCUGAGCGCGCUGCAGCCGGAGCGCUCGCUGCAGUUCCCGUCCGACAUGGCGGAGCUCGUGCCGUUCCUGAAAGACCUCGGUGAGCGGCGCGCGGCUGAGUGGGAGGUUGUCGUGGGUGACAUCAAAACCCGGAAGUAUACCCAGGUGCCCUCGCAGGCGUCCGUCGUUGAGACAUCGCGCUUGCAGGUGAUGUACUAUAGGAGGUUUUUGGAGGACCUGGGCGCAGAUGUUGACAAGGCAUAUGAAAAGCUGCUCACCAACGCCCAGCGCCGGGGCCUCGACGUGGACGCGCCGCUGGCCGCCGGCAGCGCGAUCUCUGUGAUGGAGGGCAUUCCGCAGCUGGGUGCAGAUAUGCUGCGGCUUGUGCGCGGGGACCCGAUUGGCUUUGGGCCCUUUGACAGCUAUAACAGGUAUGCGGCGCAUGACACAUACGAUUUUACGCAGCAUGCUGCGCUCCUGCAAGAUCAGCCAGAGCUCCAGAAGUAUGCAGUCUUCUUUGGUCAAUGGAAAACGCCGUUCAACCUGCGCUUCCUGGCGGCCCGGAUGGCCCAGCUGUACGGUUGCAUUGCGCCCCUUCUUUCUAACACACUGCUGAUUGAGUACUAUAUGGGCGGCGAGUGCUUCCACGUCAAUACCUUCAAGUACGACGCCGCCGAACUGCGCAAGCACUGUGAAGACAGUGCCCGGUUCUGGUUCGGGAAAAGGGAGAUUGAGCCGAUAGAGCCCACGAUCCGCAAUGUCAACGCAUACUGCAAAUUCUGUGACUACAAGGACAUCUGCCUCUGGCGCAAAGAAGCCGUUCUGGGAUGGAAAUCCCUGGGCGAAGAGCUGCGCGGCCUACCUUAA